UAAGACUCCAGCGUCUAAAAAACAAUCUGUGUCUUGCCACACUUGGCAUCCUACUAUACCAGGUGUUUUUGCAAUAUCCUACAUGGCGAAUAGUAAUGCGGUAAAAAAAACUAUUAACCUUGAUUCAGUUGAAGUAGUUAUCGAAUCAAACAUCAAAUAUAUGGAUUGCUUUUGUGAUAUUGACAACAAAAAGUUAUCGCACAAGAAGAAAAAUACUAAAAAAAUUAAAGUUAUUGAAAACUAUGACGAUUCUAUGAUUAAACAAGCAAAUACUCCACAGUUAUCAGACGAAUAUUUCGUCAAUAUUUGGUCGAUUGAUGAUAAGAUGUUUCCAAAGUUGACAUUGUCAAGUCCCGAAGAAGUAUGUUGUGUUAAAUUUAACCCUAGAAAUGGUAACACCGUCGUUGGAGGGUUAAUGAAUGGACAGAUAUGCAUAUGGGACAUUAGUGGAAAACUGGAUAAGAUGGAUUCGAAUAAUUUUAUAAUGUCAAAUAAUGAAAAAAAGCACCACAGGCAUCUUUGGAUACACAUGCAACAAAUGUUGACAUUCGUAGAAUCAGUUGGUACUAAAAUCAGAGCAACAGCACUAAGUGCCGUUUUUGAAUCACAUGAUUCAAUGGUGACUGAAAUUCAAUGGAUUCAUCCUAUGAACGAAGUAACAUCAUUGGGUAAAUUAGUGGCUGUGAAAGAAGAACAAUUUUCAGAUCAAUUUUUUUCUGCUUCCUCGGACGGUACUAUAAAACUUUGGGACUUGAAAUCAACACCUAUGCCCGAAUCAGAGAAAAAGAUUCCAAAGAACACUCGUUUUCCGCAUCCAGCUAAGUUGGACAGUCAUAAAUCGUGGUUAAGAAUUUACAACAACCGUCUUAAGCCUUUGUAUACGUUAAAAAUCGUGCACCCAGAGACUGACAUGUGCAUUCCUAUUACCGCAAUGUCUUUUGAGAUUCCUUUAAUGCAGUAUGUGAAUACUUCCAAUCAGCCAUUAAUUAUUGGAACGCGGCAAUUCGAAUACGCACCAAUAGCACCGAGUGAACCAAACCGCAUUUUUGUCGUUGGUAAUAUUUUUGGCCAGGUCGGAGUUGUCACUUGGAAUGGUUACGAUAAAUACGAGCCGGAUCAUAACAAAGAAAAAUGUAAAAAUAUUUGGUGGGGACAUGUACACGAGGGACCAAUUACCUGCAUAAUUAGAAAUGUCUUUUAUCCAGACAUACAUUUGGUCAGCGGUGGACACGUGGUGUCCAUUUGGAGUGUAAACUACGAAGAUGGCCCAAUUUGGUGGAAGCGAUUCACAGAUAUUCCAAACAGCGUACUUUGGUCCAAUAAUCACCCAGCGGAAUUUCGAGUAUCUUUCAACACGAGCGGCGUUCUACAGUUUUGGAACUUCAUGAAAUAUUAUAACAUGCCUUAUUAUGAGUUGAAUGACAUUUAUGUAACUAAUGACAGAUUCAAAGGAACAUUAUCAACUCCAAAUCCAUCAGUACAUUACAUCAAAGUGGAAGAACUACAAUACUCACAAGACACAACAGUACCAAAAAAAGAUGAAAUCGAAGAAGUGGGCAACUUAUUUCGGAAAGUCGUAGAUGCGAGACACGAAGUGGAUAUGUGGAAUAAAAACUAUAUAGAAUUAUUAAAAGAAAAUGACAUCAAAAACGCAAAAAAAAUGCUGGAUAAUGAAUCAAAAAAAUGUGCUGACACGGAAGAAAUGAAACAAAUAUUAGAUGACUUAGACAGUUUUGAAGUGGACUAUGAAAAUGAAAAAGAAAAACUUAUUAAUUGGAUUCAAAACAAUCCUGUGAAGGAGCUAGAGUGGGAAAAAAUAAUUGAGCUUGAGGCAGUUGAAGAUGAAGACUUUAAAAAUAAUAUUUUAAAAAUUUCAACAAUGAAAAAAUUAGUAGCCAAAUAUAACAAAUAGAUGUUAGUAAUGUGUUUACUAAUAGAAAUAAUUUUGACAGGAAAAAAGGAUUAUAUAUUACAUAGGAUUAUAUUACUAAGAACAGCAUUUUUGUAAA